AUGGCCGUUGCCGAGCGCAUCUACAUCAAGUGCCGUGGUGACCGUGAGCUACGCGGAGUUUUGCAAGCAUACGAUCAGCAUUUAAAUAUGGUACUAAGUGAUGUUGAGGAGACUAUCACCGUUCAAGAGCUGGACCCAGAAACGUAUGAGGAGCUAAUUAAGCAGUCCAAGCGAACUAUAGAGAUGCUGUUUGUGCGCGGUGAUGUUGUGAUUCUCGUGGCUCCUCCAUUGCGCACCGCCUAA